CGUCCUGUACGUAGUCUUGCUGGAACAAAUUUCUUCCUUGAACUGCUGUUGCAGUUUUCGAACAUUAGUGUUGGUAUAGAAAUUAAACAUCAAUUGAGAAUUUAUCGUUUUUGUAAUUUUUUUAUGUCCAUAUCUUUCACUUUCUUCAUUAUGUUAUAAGAUGACAUCAGUACUGCACAAAACUAAUCUGGAGUCCUCUUCCAGCAGUUGUGAAGUAAAUGUUCCAGCACGGAUGAUGGGAAGCAACAAGUCUGUGUUGGGACUAGUGGUGGUGGUGGUGACACUGGUGGUGACACUGGUGGUGACACUGGUGGUGGUAGAACCAGAGACCGGUCACUUUACUACUACGGUCACCAACAAUUCUCGCCAUAGACGAUGGUCGGAGCAUCCACACGCACGCCUUACCACUCCGGAGUUGAUCAGAGGUCGCGGGUACCCGGCCGAGGUACAUCAGGUGGUCACAAGAGACGGGUAUGUUCUUGAGCUGCACCGCAUACCUCACGGGCGCGCCGCCCCUUCUGUCCCGCCCAACACACACGCUGAUGGAGAGUGGUGGGCCCCACACACUGUAUACAACGUCAGCAGCAACACGCCACAAGGUAGACUUAGCACAGGAGAGCGGCGAGUGGUCUUCCUCCUACACGGUAUUCUCUUGUCCAGCGCUGACUAUGUCAUGAAUGAUCCUGACCAGGCAUUAGGGUUCAUACUGGCUGACGCUGGCUACGACGUCUGGCUCGGCAACAACAGAGGCAACUUCUACAGUCGACGCCACGUCCGGCUCUCACCCGAACAGCUGGAGUUUUGGGACUACAGCUGGAACGAGAUGGCUCUCUACGACAUGCCAGCAAUGCUUAGCUACAUUCUCAAGGUGAGCGGCGUGAGUCAGCUCAGCUUUGUUGGUCACUCCAUGGGCAACGCUCUGCUCUUCGCUAUGUUCAACUACCAUCCACAACUCAUCUCCAGGGUAAGUCCUCCACCUCCUCCUAUUCUUCCUCCUCUUCCUCUUGAGUACUUGCCGGUAAUCUUCGCGCACACACCAGCAGGCACGGGCCUGAGAGUGUUCGUCCACCUCCUGCAGAUCUACACUGCACGCAGGUUCCAGGCCUUUGACUAUGGCGAGGCUGAGAACCUGGUCCAGUAUGGCACCACCUCGCCACCUGCCUUUCCCCUCAGCCGUGUGAACGUGCCUGUCGGUCUUAUCUACUCUGACAAUGACUGGAUCGUUGAUAAAAAGGACGUACAACAGACAGCAUCGGAGCUGCCCUGGGUUGCACUCUACUACCGGGUUCCGCUGAGAGAAUUCAACCACCUGGACUUCAUGUGGGCGGAGAACGCGAGAGACCUUGUUUAUCGUCCCUUAGUGAAGUUCCUCCUAGAAUUCCAGUGAGUGAGAUAAAUCGGUGAACCUUCGGCACGAGACAUGCGUCAGGAAGGCAAAAACUGUUUGGCGUCUUGACUCACGAAAUCAUAAUAACACGAUUGCAAACGAACCAAGGAACAAGUGGGGGUUGAACCUAUAAUAUAUUUAUACACCCUGAAAAAGUACAGGAAGACAUAAACAGGGUUUUCCAGUGGGCAGUGGAAAACAACAUGACGUUCAAUGGUGAUAAGUUCCAACUGUUUAGGUAUGGAAAGAAUGAAGAAAUCAAAAGGAGCACUAUAUACAAAGCUCAAUAGGGUCACCAAAUAGAACGUAACGAACAAGUAAAAGACCUAGGAAUAAUUAUGCCAGCUGACCUUUCCUUUAAAGGCCAUAACAAGACAAAGAUCACACAGCCAGGAAGAUGACUGGGUGGGUAUUGAGAACUUUCAAAACAAGGGAAACUGCCGAUGGUGACACUCUUCAAAUCGCUAGUGCUCCCUCACUUAGAAUAUUGCUCAGUGCUGACGGCCCCGUUCAGGGCAGGAGAAAUAUCGUAGCUGGAACAAAUACAGAGAUCGUUUACGGUUCACAUUGAGCCAGUAAAACACCUAAACUACUUUUAACGCCUGCAAGUCUUGAACAUGUACUCAUUGGAGCGGAGGAGAGAGAGGUACAUGAUAAUAUAUACCUGGAAGGUACUGGAGGAUUUGGUCCCAAAUCUGCACACUGCCAUAACAACAUACUGGAGUGAGAGAUAUUGGAGGAAGUGUAAAAUAAACCCAGUGAGGAGCAGGAGUGCGGUGAGGACAAUAAGGGAGCACUGUAUCAACAUCCAGGGUCCAAGACUUUUCAACAUCUUACCAGAAGAUAACAGAAACACUGCUGGAACAAGUGUUGAAGCCUUUAAGAGGAAACUAGACAAGUAUCUUCACCAGGUGCCAGAUCAACCAGGCUGUGAUGGAUAUGUGGGGCAACGGACCUCCAGCAGCAACAGCCUGGUUGACCAGGCGAGCAACAGACGAGCCUGGCCCAUGGCCGGGCUCAGAGAGUAGAUAUACUCUCGAAAUUCUUCAAAGGUAUAUUAAAGGUCAAAGGUAUGGUGUGUAAAAUAUACCUAGUUGGAUAAAUCUUAUUGUAGCCAGCUGAUACAGUGGACUAUGCACUGGUCUGGAGUUUUCACUCACCAUGAGAUUCUUCGGCGUCUUGUAACGCUAGUCUACAGUCUACUAGUCUAUGUUCUGCAGUGUAGGCAAAACAGUUGUGUGACUCAGAUGUGGUGGAGACAAUGGCAAGAUGAAGACAGUUGAUGGAAAGACAUUAAUACUGUGGAAUCCUUUAUACAGUUUCACUCAACAUCGGGGUUCAUCCAGUAGUUUUAGAUGAAACGUUGUGCACAUGAAGGUUUCCACUGCAUUUGUGCCUCUUCGCCAGCUUAAAUUUGCUCAUUUUGUGGUCAGAUUAAUGAAGCUACUGAAGACUCAACAUGUUCUUGUCAGAGAAUGAAGUAAUAUUAGUUACUAGAGAUUAUCUCCCUGCAAGAGAUGCAACGAUUUUCUGCUAUGAUGAUGAUGAACCUGUCUUUAGUAAACAAGAAUCACAAGGAGAUACUUCAAAAUCAAAAUGCUGUAUUAAUCUUACGAGUCAAACUCAUCAUGUCAUCUAGGUUUAGAGAGAAUGUUCAUAAGUUAUUCUGUAAAAAUAUGUCGUGGCUGUGUUUCAGGGCGCCCCAUCCCCCUUCCAGUUACGUAUUGUAUACGUUAGACAGACAGGUUAACAGCUAUUUGUGUAAAUUUCCGACUUUUCAGACAGAGCUUGCGAUCUUAGCUUAUAAAGAAUCAAAGGAACUUCUAUUACUCUAGGUUUUUUGCGAGGUAAAGACGAGUUGCCAAGUUACGGUACAAAAUUUUGUGUUGUGUUAGUUUACAACACACAAUAAGAUAGGGUGACUAAACAGAACAACGUAGAGACAGCAGUUGUAAUGUCUAGUGUGAUCACUUACUCUCGUCAGUUUCCACAUUAAUUAAGAUGAAGUUAAUGAUUUAAUAUUAAAGAUAAUGAUACUACAUUUUUUGUCACAUACUUUAUUUGUUAUAUUUUUGAUGCAAGACUCUUUGAAAGUAAGAUACAAAUGUAGUAUUAGGAUAUUUAUUAAGGAGACGUUUCGCCGUUCAGGGGAUUUAUCAGUGCAGUACAGAAAACCAAAGUUUAUGGAGUAUAUUCUGGAUCAUGGUCAGGUGCUGAACAUGAGGAGAGGGUUAAGUGACAGAUAUGUCUACUUUGUGCUGAAGGAGCCUGGCUAGAACUUCUGAAAUCAUAAAAAUGUCAAAAUUACAUGAGAUUGCUAUUUCUUUGAGAGCUGAUUUUAAACAGCGCCCCUGUGCUAGACAGUUUCUGUAAUGAGUAAUCUGGCAUAUUUAGGAAUUUCAGUAUCUAGUGCAGGCAUUGCUUGUUUCAUGCCUUUGACAUUUAUACUUACGUAUGUUUCAGUCCCGCCUUAUCCCUGGGAUGGUAUAGAUGUCAGCACUAGUCUUUAUUGUGUGAGUUCCUUUUUCAUACCAAGUCCUUGACUGUGAUGGAUGUGAUGGUGGCUGUGAUGGAUGUGAUGGUGGCUGCGAUGGAUGUGAUGGUGGCUGUGAUGGAUGUGAUGGUGGCUAUGAUGGAUGUGAUGGUGGCUAUGAUGGAUGUGAUGGUGGCUGUGAUGGAUGUGAUGGUGGCUGUGAUGGAUGUGAUGGUGGCUGUGAUGGAUGUGAUGGUGGCUGUGAUGGAUGUGAUGGUGGCUGUGAUGGAUGUGAUGGUGGCUGUGAUGGAUGUAAUGGUGGCUAUGAUGGAUGUGAUGGUGGCUGUGAUGGAUGUGAUGGUGGCUGCGAUGGAUGUGAUGGGGGCUGUGAUGGAUGUGAUGGUGGCUAUGAUGGAUGUGAUGGUGGCUGUGAGGGAUGUGAGGGUGGCUUAUGAUGGAUGUGAUGGUGGCUGUGAUGGAUGUGAUGGUGGCUGUGAUGGAUGUGAUGGGGGCUGUGAUGGAUGUGAUGGUGGCUGUGAGGGAUGUGUUUGGUGGCUGUGAUGGAUGUGAUGGUGGCUAUGAUGGAUGUGAUGGGGGCUGUGAUGGAUGUGAUGGUGGCUGUGAUGGUUUAUAAAGUUUUAUUUUGGCAUGAAUGAUUGAGAUAGUGUUUGAUGAUUGGCUGAUUAGUAGUACUAGGUGACUGUGUCAGGUUAUGCGGAUGAUUUUCUCGUUUUUUCUUAAGCAAUUAUUGGUGAAAUGUGUUCAGCUUUUAAGUCUGGUAAAGGCUUGAAGUAUGUAGUCACAUUAUUACUCUUCUGGGAAAGCAGUGCAAGUGAUCCUAUAUUCUCUCAGUGUAUAAUCUUGUGAUGACUUGUCUCUAUUCUCAUGUCAUGGUGAGACAGGAAGAGUAAUAGUUCGUCUUUGUGGUUUCCUGAAAUCAAAUGUAUUAUUGUUUUUGCACAGUAAUGUGUCUUGAAGAGUAGACGUCUUAUUUUUUUAUCCUCCAUGAUGAACUUAACUGAGUUUUCUACAAAAUUGUUUUUAUUAAAGAGUACAAUUGCGUCGAGUCCCUUGAGUACAAUGAAUAUGAUAUCAGUCACAUCGUAGCCACUUUCCUCCGUUUGUGAUGUGCGGUUCCAACCUCUCCACCUUCAGGUGAUCCAUUUAUAAGUUAUUAACUAGGACCGCACUGACGGAUGAAUCGAAGCCCAGCUCAACAAUGCCGACGAAAUCCUUAGAUGACAGAUGGUCCAGAUCGAGAGUAAAUUUUAAAGGAGUAGAGCGAUGGCUUGUAUAGUGGGAACCCUAGUGAGCGAAGAUGUUAUGUUCUAACUUGAGAGUUUCUUGUCCAUAACACUGGCACUUCAAAUCUUGUCAAAAAGAACACCAGUGUUAGAUGUGAGCAGGGCUGAUCGUGUCUAAGAGUAUGAGAGGUAUUGUGCCAAAGUUCCUGCUAGGUUGUGUGCUGCGCCACCGCUGCACCAGGAGACAGGUCUAAAUUAAUUCAUACGU